AUGGGCGACGCACCGCCGCUUGAGCGAACGAGCAUCAAGGCGUCGGAACUCGUGCAUCGUGCCGUCGACAAGAGCUACGAGGACUUUCGGUCGCUUAUGUUCCAUCUGCCUACACUGCGCGAAGAAGAGCGACGAGAGCCGCUGCUGGCCCAUCUCCAGAGUGCGCGCAAGCGCUUCGCGCAGCUGCUGGCCGUGCUCAAGUGGUCGGUUCAGGCGCCGCUCCUGCACCAGUGCGACUCGUUGCUGCAGCACACGAGUGCCUAUCGCAACAAUGUGAACGAGACGAACGACCGACUGUUCUUUAUGCACGCAGAUCUGAACCGUGCCAAAGAGCGACGGUACGACCUCAGUACUGCCGUGGACGUGCUCUAUGGUGGCAGCUACUUACGGCUGCCAACGAUAAUUAAGAACGCAAUGUUCCCUCGUGAAUUACCUGAAGUGGACAUUGAACAAGCAGCAACGGAAGUGACGGACUUGAUUCGGUUUCGUCUGAUUGAAGCCGAGAUCCCAGAGCAGGUCUCGAACAUCAAACUCGAAGGAGGGUUUGUCACCUGCCAAGCACAAGGAGAGUUUGAGAUUGUGUUGACGCUCCAGGGCAAGGAAAAUGAUGCUAAGUGGCGUGUGAUUAGUGUGAACACGGCGCUUACUGACCCGCAGGCUUUCGGAGACCAUGCUCGAGCUGCGUCCACGAGCGCCCUGCGCAUUAUCCGCACAAAUGCACCCAGCGCAGCACACUACAAUCACUUGAAGAACCUUGUGCAGCGUGCUAUGAACAAGUCAGAGAAGCCGUUUGUGGACGCGUUCGUGGUGAUGCGCGAGUUUUGCUCGUCACUCGCAUUGCAGAUUCUCGCUUUACAGGGAAAACUGCUGAUGGAAGGUCGCUGGAAGAAUCGCAUCAUGAUUACACACCAUCGUGACCAGAAUGUGUUGGACAUAUGUUACUGGCCCAAGGCUUGUACACGGAAAGAUGCACAAGCACUAACAGAACAACAGCGCCUGAUUCAACAACUAGGCGACCCAGUGACAACAGUUCAAAAUGGGUCUGCGCUGCCGUAUCCUGGAUCGAGCUUGUGUGUUCGAUUGAGCUUUGAUCCGAACAAGAAGAAGCUCCUUUCUGUUAGUCUUAGUCCGUCGCUUCCACCAAACCUGCCCGGGUAUGCAGCACUAUUGAGCGCAUUGGAGGUACCAUCCAACAUGUUUUUGCUUAGUGCCGAAAAUCUGCUGAUCGCGGCCAUGCGUGCUCACGUGUCGGCAGCUCUUUUCUCAAUAGGUCGACUGCUUGUUGUCGAUUCUCCAAAUGAGAAGGCUUCAACACAACUUGUUUCUGGCGAAGAUGUUGCUAUGGUCUGUUCCGAUACGAGUUUACGGAUCGCACGGGCAGAUAUUGGUGGACUGCAGCAAUUUUUGGAGGUGACAUUUGACAUUCGCGAUGGUCGAUUUAUCGUGAACUCCGUCGCUGCCACGAAGCAUUCCGCGCUUUAUAACACGAUGAAACAAUUAGAGCAGGUAUUGGAUACGCGAUGCAAAAUCGAGCUUGGAGGUAAUAUGGACGAUUCGAUUCCGAGCGAUUUUGCUUUAGUUUCCGGUGAUAGAAAUGAUGACAAGUCAAAUGAUGUGAUACAUGGGUGCGUGCGUAAGGUUCUGUGCGAAAUCGUGGCUGACGAGAUAGCGCAAAUUGGCUCUUCAUUUAAGGGCAUUGAAGUAUUACGCAAUGUCAAUUUGAACUGGGAGCGGUAUCUUGCUUUUAGACAGCAGCAAGGUGGACAGACUGAAGAUUUGACAAUCUCAGAUACAGCGCUGUAUUUUCUGCUGACGUCGUCCAAGGAGUCUACAUGUUACUUGGUUAUUGAAAUCGAUAAGUAUGGCGAAGUUGAUGGGGUGAACGGAAGUGUACAUGAAGCCACAGAAGUAGAAGAGUAUGUACGAUUGCCAUGUUUUUCGUUACUUCAGACGAGUGUAAGCUUGCCAGGACAGCCUUCUGGUGUACAAUUUAUUCAGCGAUUUGGCGCGUUCAAAAAGGCAGAUCUGCGUCCAUCUGUCACUCGCCACAACGAAAUAAUUGUCAGUGGUUUUCGUGGCAAUACUCGGAAGCGUCCAUACAGUUCGUAUGGCAAUGUUUUGACUGGAAGUAAUAUGAGAUCAACCAAAAAGACGCUCCUUGAGAGUGGACGAGUACAAGAGAGUACAGGCUACUGGCUGGACGACGCCGAAAGUUGCGCAGUCUCUUGCAGAUUCGUUCCCCAUAUCGCGUCAGUACUGCUGCACGCGAUCAAUGCGUGCAGUGAGAGAAUUCAAUUGCAACACUUCGUCAACUUUGCUCGACGGCGCAAGUCAAGGAUUCGCUACUCUGGAGAAGCUGGUACUUUCAACGGAGAGGGUACAGGUGGCCAAGUCGUUACACUUUCGUUCCCAGAAAAGGUCAAUACGGAUCCAUUAACGAUCGUAGCGAUCCAAGGCCACCUGAAACAUAGCGGAGGGUUUGAGCUGUGUCUUCAGCUGGCCUCAGUGCCGUUCAAGUUUAUUCUUCCGAAGAGGCCAAAAGAGCACUUGUUAUCUGAUCGCUCGCAUUAUGUUAACGCCCGCGGCCAACUGAUCUUUAAGUACCCAACGACGUUGGUAGCUGGUGACGUUUUCAGCGAGAACCCGUUGGAAAUGUUCAUGGUUGAGCUCAUCUGUGUCGUGCGGCCGCUUUGUGAACUUGCUGUGAAGUUGGAGAAAAUGCUGACCGCAGUAGGUCGCUAUACUAAUGACAUCAAAAGCGACGGGCAUUUUUACGUCGAAAGUGCUGACCCCUUUGCAAUUGUGCUGGCUUGCCGAGCACCGAACCCAAGGCAUUGUGUUGCUGCCGGGUCAUCGCCGGAUGGCAUGACGACAUACCGUGCAACAGUGCAGUUUAAGCAGAAAAUGGGUUUUGUUGUCAAUUACAGCCACAAAGCUGAGCAUCCGUUGAUGCACUUCAUCCAGUCAGCGCUGAAUGGACACAGUGACCCAGCGCAAUUUGUAGAAGCGUUGGAGCGCACGUGCAUUCCGAUGGGUAUUUUGGCAAGCGUUGUGGAGUCCCAGCUACUUUGCGCCAAAUAUUACCGGCAAGAUCCUGUGCCCGAUGCGAAGGAAGACGUGGCAAAUGGUGGUCCAAAGGCUUUUGCUCGAGGCAGAAUGGGUGGCAAGGGAAUGAAGCUGGGCUACAAGUUCAAGCUCCCUGGUGAAGAGAAGGGCUACUAUGCUGAAAAGUCGUAUGGCGGUGACGACAAGUCUUUUGUACCUGCCGAACUAGUGAUGAUCCCGCGGUCACAAACACAAGUUCGCCUGUCCUAUGGAGACCGCUGCGCCGUAGAUAUUUAUUUCCUCGAGAAUCAUUCGGUGAAGAUGCAGAGCUCUUUAGGAGGCGUACGCGUCCCCAGCUGUUCGUUUGAGAAGGGCAUCGUCGUGGAUUGCCACAACUUUGCUGAUAAGCUGCGCAGCACGCUGUCGGAAAUGGCGUCGGCUUAA